AUCCAGUUUUCCCACUCUCCUGGCGUCCGCUUCAGCUACAAAGCAGAAGGUUCCUCCGCUCGCUGGCAUCGUAUUCCUCCUUUUCUUUUCGUCUUCCCUCCGCUGCUUUUGGAGGUAGCUCGCCGGAGUGUUUUUGCGGCUUAAGCGUGUGACAUUUUUGUUUGGGUAAUGUUGGAAAUUGGCCUCGCUGAGAGCAAAGACUCAUCACUCGAAUCCGCUUUGGGGGACAAUUGUGUAAAUUCAAUCAACGAUGUGAACCAGACAUUGUACAAUCUUAUUCCGGGAUCACGGGGUGGCAUUCCUUCCGCCAGCCCAAAUGAGGAGACUAUUGAAGUUGGCCAUUUACUUGUACCACCUCAUGUUACUAGAGCAUUAGAUGAAGAUCCCAUGUACUUGAGCUCAAAAAGUUUGGAAAAUUGUUUAAAUGUGGGAGGAACUCCAUGCAGUGACGGGUACUAUGACCAGGGAAAUGAUUAUGGCAUCUUGGUUGCUGAUGCUGAACAAGUAGAGAUUCAGGCAUUAAAGUAUGAAUUCAUGUUGCAAGAACCUGAAGAGAAUGAGAAUCCUCAUAUUACAUGCAAUCUUUCAUGUGACUGCUCUGAUUAUCUUCUGGAGGCUGUCUCUGCUGAAACUUUCAUGGAUUAUCCAUCAAAUAGUGAAGCAACUGUUAGAAAUAUGGAAUACACAAGUCAGGUGCAGUGCAUGGACAGAGAUGUUGAUGAGGUUAAGCCUGACUAUAUUGCCAGAACAUUCGCCAUUGCCACAUUGGACCACUCAACUGGUGCCCCAGAUUCUACAAAAUUUCUAAGUCAUGAUACCUUACACGGUACAUUUUUUCAAAAUGCCUCUUUAGAGGCCCAAAAAUGGCUCAAGCAUGAAUUAUUAUUAUUUGACCAGCAGAAUUUAACUGAAUUGGGUAAUGUGUGUGACCAAAUGGAUAGUGCAUUUCUCUCAAGCGAAAAUGAAGAUGAUAUGAUUUUAAUUCCUGGAAAUGAAAUACCUGAGAGAGUUUUUAGUUCUUUUGUAAGCUUGCCACACACUGGUGCUUUGGUGUCCAGUGCAGCAAAGAAUGAACUUCCAUAUAGGGACGGACAAGCUGCUCUUGACUGUCGAGGACAAGAAAUUUUAGGAACAACAAAUGAUUCAAUGAUGACUACCAAGAGAUUAAGGAAGCCUACUCGAAGAUACAUUGAGGAAUCAUCAGAAACCAAACCCAGGAGCUCCUACGACAGACUCAAAACAUCUCUCAUUAGCUCCAAAGAAAAGCUUCUUCAUGCAAGAGCGGCAGGGAAGUGUCGCUGGAGUGGUGCAGUGCAACUACUUUAUCAAGAUUAUCCUGGUAGGGUGCAUUCUUUGAGAGGUUUCCGUAGAAAAAGAACCAAACAAUUGGAGAAUGAUGGCAAGGGAUAUAAUUUGACUCCAGAAUCUGCAAAAAUCUCAUGCUUUCAAGACUCUGAACUGCAAGAUGAUCCAUCUGAUGAGCACCCUACAAGAGUUCAUAAACGAAGGAAGCAUCACAGGCAGUGGACACAUUCUGAAGUUGCUAAACUUGUUGAUGGUGUUUCUCAGUAUGGAGUCGGCAGAUGGACUGAAAUAAAGAGAUUGUUUUUCUCAACUUCUUCUUAUAGAACUGCUGUGGAUCUCAAGGAUAAAUGGAGAAAUCUCUUGAGGGCCAGUCUUGCAGAUCCAGCUAACAAGAACCUGGUUGAGCCACAGAAGAAACAUGCUUCUGCUCCCAUGCCCGAAUCAAUUCUGCAGCGAGUAAGAGAACUUUCUAUUAUUCACCCUUAUCCCAGGAGCCAGAAAUCGACAAUUACAGAUCUGCCCAUCCUUCCUCCACCCACUUCAUUAACUAAUACUGAAGAUGCUCUCAAUCGAAGCGGCAGAAUUCUGCACAGGCUGAGUUUUUCUUAGUCGUCUACCAAAUGUAAAUACCACAUGUGGUUCUUGUGCAUAUAUGCUCGCCUAUACAGCACCAAAUUUUCUGCAAUUUUGCACCAAUAUGUGCAUUUUUUUCUGGCUAAAGCCUUUAGGUUUCUCUGUUUCAUUUGAAGCUGAUUGAUCACUUGGAACCUAUUAAAUUCGAUGGAUUGCAGCUGUAAUUAUGCUACGGCCAUUUUUUUCCUGUGGCUAUUAUUUCA